CGUUCGUGCUUCAUUGAAGCUGGCGGGCGACUCUUGUUCGAAUAUGUCAUAGCCCUGCGAACGAGAGUAUGCGAUGAGGCUCUCCCGCAGCGUCGUGGCUCGAAACAGUUCAGAGAAAAUUACAAAGUCAAAUAAGCGCGCUUGUGCCUCAUACACCAUGUAUAAUCUCGAUAAAUAUAAUCACUAUGUACUUGUGUGUACAGCAAUAAACUGGAUUACUUUGGCAAUGGGCAACUCUACAUACGCAAUGGAAUCCGUUCGUUUGGAGCCACUUCCCGCGAGGCGUGUGAAGGCCGGGAAAGCGGUAACAUUUACGUGCUCGCUAUACGAAGGCGACAAUGUCAGCUUUUUCUGGAGUAAAAAUGGGGUAAUCCUGAAAACAGGCGAUCGCAUCGAUAUCUCCGCCACAAGAUACUCGGCGACGUUGUCGAUUAGAGGUGUAAAGCCAAGUGAUGCUGGCGACUAUCUCUGCGUGGGACGAAAUGCCGUCUCGGAAGAAAAAGCAACAGCUAAACUUCAAGUCGAAGGUGCUUAUUUAACGAAAGCUAGAAAAGAUUUCUCGAUUAUAUGCGUUCUUUUUAAAGGCUGAUAAAUUUACCUUGAAC